UGCAGAUGUAAACAAAAACAUCUGGUCGGAGGAAAAAUUGCGUUUUUGAUUGCAUUUUAAGUUUUUAAUCGGUUUAAAAUCAGGGAAAUUUGUGAAAUAUGUACAAAACAGGCACCACAAUGAAUCGAAUUGAUCCGGCGAAUCCAUGUCGUGUAAGCACACCGAACAAGUUCCGGUCGCUGCUGAAAGUGUCCACCCUGGCGGCGUCCGUCUACUGUGGAGUUUGCCUGUACAAGUGCAACGAGAGCUUUUACGAGAAUAUUUUCAUGCCAAUGGUGCGGAUGGUUCCUCCGGAGCUCGCCCACCGGUUGGCAGUGCUAGGUCUCAAAAUGGAAGUUGUCCGUCCAAGCUACCAAGAUCCGGAGGUGCUGCGCACUCAACUGCUUAACAAAACACUGGAAAACCCCGUAGGAAUCGCGGCCGGAUUCGACAAGCAUGGAGAGGCCGUCAAAGGACUGGAACGGCUGGGAUUCGGCUUUGUGGAGAUCGGUUCGGUUACACCGGAACCCCAACCGGGUAAUCCGAAACCGCGCGUCUUCCGACUCAACGAGGACAAAGCCAUCGUCAACCGGUACGGGUUCAACAGCGAAGGCCACGAGGUGGUCUUCGAACGAAUCAAGAAACUUCGCCAGGACGGCGACCUCAAAGUAACGCUCGGAAUAAACCUCGGUCGGAACAAAAAGUCCGAAGACAACAUCGAGGACUACGUCCAGGGCAUCCGCAAGUUCAGCGUGCUAGCAGACUACCUCGUCGUUAACAUUAGCAGCCCAAACACGCCCGGUCUUCGCACCAUGCAAAACAAAUCAACUCUCCAAAGUUUACUCACAGAAAUCGUGAAAGCCAGAAACGCCCUCCCACCCAACGAGCAGCGACCCAUUCUGGUCAAAAUAGCCCCGGACCUGUCCGACGGCUGCGUUCAGGAAAUCAUCGCCGUCAUCCAAAAGAAGGAAUGCGCCAUCGACGGACUGAUCGUCUCCAACACCACCAUCGAUCGACCGUCGGAGCUGAAAAGCAUCAACGCCGGCCAGCUCGGCGGACUCAGCGGAGCACCGCUAAGCUCAAAAUCAACCCAGCUGGUGGCCAAGGUGUACAAGUGGACCGGCGGAAGGGUUCCCAUCAUCGGCGUCGGUGGCAUCUUCAGCGGGCGCGAUGCGUACGAGAAAAUCCUCGCGGGAGCCAGUGCGGUUCAGCUGUACACGGCGCUCAUCUACCACGGGCCUCCGAUCGUGGCCCGGGUCAAGCAGGAGCUGGGCCAGCUGCUCAAGGAGAAUGGGUACGAGAAUGUGCAGCAGGCGGUUGGCAAGGGCGUUGAUCAGUUUUUGUAAUGGCGGCGGCGAACGUUUUGUAAGAUAAUUCGUUGUAAAAGAGGCUGAAAGAAUAC